UUUUUUUUUUUUUCUCUUUACAAAGAAAUGCCAAAAUAUUAUUGUGAAUAUUGUGACAUUUUCUUGACGCAUGAUAGCUCAUCUGUAAGAAAGGCACAUAAUGCAGGAAAGAAUCAUAUUUUAAAUGUUAGAAACUAUUAUGCUGAAAUAAGUCAUGAUAAAGCACAAGCUAUUAUAGAUGAAAUCACUAGAGCAUAUGAUGUAGCUGAAGCAGUUUUGCCUCCCCAGUAUGCAGGCUAUCCAGCUUAUGGUGGACAGCAAUAUCCUCCUCCUGCUGGAUUCGCUGGCAGACCACCUCCACCUCAUAUGAUGGCAGCUAGACCUGGAUUUCCUUUUCCUCCACCUCCACCAGGUCAAUUUAUGCCACCACAUCCUCCACCUGGAUUUAGACCACCACCUACAACAGCACCAGCAGCACCACCACCAGGAAUACAACCACAAAGACCACUUCCACCUCCUGGUAUGAAUCCACCUCCUUCAUCUUCUUUACCUCCUCCUCCUCCACCUCCUUCUUCCACCUGAUAUUAAAAUUAAUGUUGUAAAAUAAAAAAUACAUUGUAUAUAAAUUUUUUAUUUUUUAA